GUCAGCACAUACCCAUCUCCAGUCAGGGUCAAUACUGGGAGCAGCGUCAGCACGUGCCCAUCUCCAAUCAGGGUCAAAACUGGGAGCAGCGUCAGCACAUACCCAUCUCCAGUCAGGAUCAAUACUGGGAGCAGCGUCAGCACGUGCCCAUCUCCAGUCAGGAUCAAUACUGGGAGCAGCGUCAGCACGUGCCCAUCUCCAGUCAGGGUCAAAACUGGGAGCAGCGUCAGCACGCGCCCAUCUCCAGUCAGGGUCAAAACUGGGAGCAGCGCCAGCACAUACCCAUCUCCAGUCAGGGUCAAUACUGGGAGCAGCGCCAGCACGCGCCCAUCUCCAGUCAGGGUCAAAACUGGGAGCAGCGCCAGCACAUACCCAUCUCCAGUCAGGGUCAAUACUGGGAGCAGCGCCAGCACGCCCAUCUCCAGUCAGGGUCAAAACUGGGAGCAGCGCCAGCACGCGCCCAUCUCCAGUCAGGGUCAAAACUGGGAGCAGCGCCAGCACGUGCCCAUCUCCAGUCAGGUCAGGGUCAAUACUGGGAACAGCGUCAGCACAUGCCCAUCUCCAGUCAGGGUCAAAACUGGGAGCAGCGUCAGCAAGUGCCCAUCUCCAGUCAGGGUCAAUACUGGGAGCAGCGUCAGCACGUGCCCAUCUCCAGUCAGGGUCAAUACUGGGAGCAGCGGGCAAUACUGGGAGCAGCGCCAGCACGCGCCCAUCUCCAGUCAGGGUCAAAACUGGGAGCAGCGCCAGCACGUGCCCAUCUCCAGUCAGGGUCAAAACUGGGAGCAGCGCCAGCACGUGCCCAUCUCCAUCAGGGUCAAAACUGGGAGCAGCGUCAGCACGUGCCCAUCUCCAGUCAGUGUCAAAACUGGGAGCAGCGUCAGCACGUGCCCAUCUCCAGUCAGUGUCAAAACUGGGAGCAGCGUCAGCACGUGCCCAUCUCCAGUCAGCACGUGCCCAUCUCCAGUCAGGGUCAAAACUGGGAGCAGCGCCAGCACGGUCAAUACUGGGAGCAGCAUCAGGACAUGCCCAUCUCCAGUCAGGGUCAAAACUGGGAGCAGCAUCAGCACGUGCCCAUCUCCAGUCAGGGACAAUACUGGGAGCAGCGUCAGCACGUGCCCAUCUCCAGUCAGGGUCAAAACUGGGAGCAGCAUCAGCACGUGCCCAUCUCCAGUCAGCACAUACCCAUCUCCAGUCAGGGUCAAUACUGGGAGCAGCGUCGGUCAAAACUGGGAGCAGCGCCAGCACGCGCCCAUCUCCAGUCAGGGUCAAAACUGGUCGCAGCGUGAGCACGUGCCCAUCUUCAGUGAGGAUCAAAACUGGGAGCAGCGCCAGCACGCGCCCAUCUCCAGUCAGGGUCAAAACUGGGAGCAGCGCCAGCACGUGCCCAUCUCCAUCAGGGUCAAUACUUGGAGCAGCGUCAGCACGUGCCCAUCUCCAGUCAGGGUCAAUACUGGGAGCAGCGAGCAGCACAGAGCUCAGUCUGAUCAUCCAGAACAAAAAGUGUCAAAUCCUAAACUCAGAGCUGAUAUGGUUAACAAAGUCUGCAGUCAAACUACAUGUUACAUUUUAAAUGUUUAA